AUGGCAAUCACCUAUCUCAUCUUGCUGUCUCGGCAGGGCAAAGUGAGACUUGCCAAAUGGUUUACUACUCUUUCUCCCCGCGAGAAGGCCAAAAUCAUCAAAGAUGUCUCUCAACUCGUUCUUUCUCGCCGCACACGAAUGUGCAAUUUUCUUGAGUACAAGGACACGAAAGUUGUCUAUCGUCGUUACGCUUCCUUAUUCUUCAUUGCCGGCUGUGCUUCCACCGAUAAUGAACUGAUCACCCUUGAAAUCGUCCAUCGAUACGUCGAGCAAAUGGACAAGUACUAUGGCAACGUCUGCGAGUUAGACAUUAUCUUCAACUUUCAAAAGGCGUAUUUUAUACUUGAUGAGCUCCUCCUGGCAGGCGAGCUGCAAGAAAGCAGCAAGAAAAAUGUGUUAAGAUGCAUAAGCCAGGAGGAUCAACUCGAAGAUAUGGAGGUUGAAGAGGAGGUCACCAAGCUCAUGUAG